AUGGUGGUGCAUGCCUGUCACCCCAAUAAUCAGAGGACGAGACUUAACAGUUGCUCCAAGUUCUGGGCUAGCCUGAGCUACAGAGUGAGCUCCUGGGUACCAGUUGCAUACUGGAAAGUACUAAGGCUCCUUGAGGGCCACAGCCAUGGCACCUGUGGGUGUCUCUUAUUCACGAAUUCAGUCUCCGUGUCUUCAUUUGUUUCUGUCCUCAUCAGUUUCUUCCUUCUCUCACCUGUCUUCUCAAAGGCUGGAGUGGGGGUCAGGGGUGGGUCUCCAAGGCCUGGGAUGACCCUGUCCUUACUCCAGCAGUACCCAGAAGGUGUCUUCUACGACCUGGACAGCUGCAAGCCCUUCAGUUACCCAGACUCAGAUGGGGGUCCCGACUCCUCCUGGGCCUGGCCAGAGGCCCCACCUGCCUCUGCCAUUACCUCCUAUGAAGCCUUUGACCCUGCUGCGGCUGCCUUUGCCCACUCCCAGGCUGUGCAGUUCUGUUACAGUCAUGGCCCUAGCCCCUCCGCCUAUAGCCCCAUGGGCACCCUCGACCCAGCCCCCAGCUUGGAGGCCCCAGGGCCUGGCCUCCAGAUGUACCCCUCAGAGGACUUCGCCAGUCAGACGCCGGGCCCCGUGGCUUAUGCUCCGUACCCCAGCCCUGUGCUGUCAGAGGAAGAAGACAUUCUGCUGGACAGCCCUGCCCUGGAGGUCUCGGACAGUGAGUCAGACGAGGCCCUCUUGGCUGGCUCCGAGGGGAGGGGAUCUGAGGCAGGUGCACGCAAGAAGCUGCGCCUGUACCAGUUCCUGCUGGGGCUGCUGCUGCGCGGGGACAUGCGCGAGUGCGUGUGGUGGGUGGAGCCGGGGGCCGGCGUCUUCCAGUUCUCCUCCAAGCACAAGGAGCUGCUGGCUCGCCGCUGGGGCCAGCAAAAGGGCAACCGCAAGCGCAUGACGUAUCAGAAGCUGGCUCGCGCACUGCGCAACUACGCCAAGACGGGCGAAAUCCGCAAGGUCAAACGCAAGCUCACCUACCAGUUCGACAGCGCGCUGCUGCCAGCCCCCCGGCGUGCCUGAGCGCCCCGCUAGGACCCCUCUCUCUGGCCCCGGGCCCCAGUGCCCAUGGGAGCCCCGUGUGGGGGCAGCCGGCUUCCAGUGUCCUCAGCUCUCAUCAGGGCCUCCCCAGAGUCCUCUUGUGCUAUGUAUGGGAUUCCCCAGGAGGGUCGUGUUUGAGGGGGUGUCUCAGGACAUACUGGCCACCCUACGUGCUUCCAGAAUGGCAGGUUUCUCUGUGGGAGCCCCUGUUGUUAUCUGUGGUUCCAGAAUCCGCACAGGUACCUCUUGCGAGCCCCGUGAUCACGCAGGCCAUCGCACCAGCAGGUGGCGCUGUCUACAGCCCCAAACCCGUGUGUCUGGUGGCGGGGAUGGAUCCCUCCGUGCUCCGCUGAGGCCCUUGUCAGAGCUGAGAUCUAGUUAGGUCUGAAGUUCUCUGAGAGCCCUGUGCCAUCUGUGACUUCUCCGUGUCCAUUUAUGACUUUGUUUAAGACAGGGUCUCACUAUGCAGCUCAGGGUGGUCCCCGGCUUGUGGCGAUCCUCCUGCCUUGUCUUCCUGAGUGCUGGGAUCGCAGAAGCACACCACCACAGCAGGCUUUCCCCCC